AUGGGAAAGGUUCACGGAUCCCUCGCUCGUGCCGGAAAGGUCAAGUCUCAGACCCCCAAGGUUGAGCCCCAAGAGAAGAAGAAGACCCCCAAGGGCCGCGCGAAGAAGAGGCUCACAUACACCCGCCGUUUCGUCAACGUCACCAUGACCGGUGGCAAGCGCAAGAUGAACCCUAACCCCACCUCAUAA